AGCUGGAAGAGCAGACGUCAAACUGGACAUACCUGGAGAACACAGUACAGCCCUACUCAGACACAGUGUUGAGUGCCCCAGGUUUGAAGUUGUGGGUGGAGAACCAGAGUCUAUGUGUCGAGCUUCAACAUCCUGCUCAGAACAUCUUCAAAUUAUACAACAUCACACUGCUGAAGAAUGUUCAGGAACACAACGCCACGUCCAGACCACACCUACUGCCUCUUGGCCUCAGCCAAUCACUACAGCCUACGCCGUCACAUGACUGCUCAGGGGUGUGUCAACCUGACGAGACACAGGCCAGAUACACAAGGUCAGCAGAGAUUGGUGGGCAUGGCUGUGGGCGUGUUCCUGCUUCUGGCUGUUCUGAUUGGUCUGAUCGCUGUGACACGCUAUGUCCUGAAGAGCACAGACCCCACCCCCACAGCUCUGGGUGUGUGUGUGCGUUCAGCAGGGUGCAUGGUGACUCCGGAACAGGUGGUGUGUCUCCCAGUGAUGUGUGGGACUGCCCCCUCUGGUUACCUGAGAGCUGUCAUGACUUUUCACCUUGACGACCACCUGGAGAGAGUGACCCUCCUUCCCUGUUCCCUUGACAACCACCUGGAGACAGAGACUCUCCUACCCUGUUCCCUUGACGACCACCUGGAGACAGAGACCCUCCUACCCUGUUCCCUUGACAACCACCUGGAGACAGAGACCCUCCUGCCCUGUUCCCUACAUACAGAUAUAGGAUCAGCUUCCCCUCUCACAGUCUUUACGUUAACCAUUAGUGGAGGAAAUACAAAAUGGACCCAAGAUCAGCGUCUGGGGGCAACUUCACCUCACACCCUAAUAUCCCUGUCUACCUCCCCCUCUCCCUUGUCUUCCUCGUCUCUCUCCCCCUCUCCCUCCUCCACUCUCUCCUCUGGCUAUGCUCUGGCCUGGGACAGUGUAUCCAACCAGAGCGACACAGAGACACACACAGACAGAAUUACUGACAGAACUACUGACAGAUGGGACAGGAGGUCCCAGCAGUCUCAGGAUAGACUAUCUGACUGUAAACUGUAUUCUCCCGAGUUAGAGGUCAGGGGUCAGGGGUCGUGCUUAGAUGUGCAUUCUCCCGGAGCUAGUCUAUGCUCCUUCAGUACAUAUGAACCUCGUCCUGACCCAACCCUAAACCUACCCGGACCUCUAACCCCUGACUCCUAACUAUGUAUGGGUAAGGAUGGCAGGGCUACUUGUAUUUCUGAUGCACAUAUUUGCCUGUUUAUUUUGAGUUGAUUCUUUUAUUCCUGCCUGUCUUUCCCACCAAGGACCAAUUGGUGUUGGGGCCCGAAUCUUACCUUUAUGAUUGACUAAUAAAGGCACACCCUGCACACACCCUGAACUUGUCCUUUGGAAUGAGCAUGGGAACCCCUGUCCUCGGUCUGACGUCACUACAGUUGUAAAUAAGUGUUGUUGCUGUCAUGUGUUUUUGUACUCUGUUGUCGGUUCUCUGUAUAAUGUUUUUAUUCAAAAUAAACCAAUCAGAUGUUCACUGUACAAUGCUUCAAUUAAAAAAUAAACCAAUCAGA